AUGGCGACCACCAAUAAACAACAUAACGUCUACUCUCUUCCGUAUCACGGUUCGGAGCAUAGCGCGAACGACGCAGACUUUGAGUUUGCAAAGAUUAAAAAUUUCUCGACUGCUUUUGGGGGUCCGGCUACCAACUUCAAGCCAGAAGAAUGGCUUUCUAUGGAAGAAAUCCGCACAUGGGCGUCUGAUAAGACGAUGAACACACCCAAGGGCGACGAUCAUAGCGGACUCUAUAAGACUAUCGUAAACCCAUACGAGAUCCGUGUGCUUGAAAUUAAGCCGGGGCGCGAUAGUGAAAAGCUGCGCGGUUCUUUGCAUCAUUGCUCAGUCGAGUUUGAGUAUGAGACCGUUGUGGACCAGUUUGAAGUUCACAGGACGGCAUUCACAACGCAUGCGCUUUCUGUGGAGAAUAUAACAACCCCAAUCUGGUAUACAGCACUAAGUUAUACCUGGGGCUCAUCGAGUAUGGAUGGAAGUAUUGAAUGUGGCGGACACGAUAAAGCGAUCACAACUUCCCUCGAGAUGGCACUGCAAAACAUGCGGAAGGAAGAUCAUCCCAUAGUCAUGUGGAUUGACCAGAUUUGUAUAAAUCAAGAUGAUAAUAAAGAAAAGGAAAUGCAGAUUCCGCUGAUGGCAAGAAUUUAUAAGCAUGCAUUCAAUACUGUGAUCUGGCUAGGGCGGUGCGAGCCUGCUUCCAACUCUGCAAUACAGCUCCUCAAAGAUAUCAAUGUCAAAUUACUGUUUAUUCAAUUGAAAAUUGAUCCCGAAAAUCUCGAGAGAAUGCAAUUACCAAAAUCGGACUCGAAGACCUGGCAUGCUCUCUGGAAAUUUCUUUCGCACCCAUGGUUUACGCGGCUUUGGAUUAUUCAAGAAGUCAUGCUCUCUAACAACCCAUGGAUCAUGUGUGGCGACGAGCUACUUAGGUGGGACGAAUUCUCAAGAGCUGUAAACCACCUGUCGAAGUGUGGAAUACUUCAAUGGCUAGAGCUGAAAUUUGCUAACGUUAAGGACUCCGGUGAACUAAGUGAUAUCAGCCAAACUGUACUAGGGCUGACUAGUCAGCGCGAACAAUAUCGUAGCGCUGAUUAUGGGACACAUAUCUUUGAUAAUCUUGUGAGCACUCGAGGUGGUCAAUGUUUUGACCCACGAGAUAAGAUUUAUGGGCUUCUUGGGGUAUGCAGUGAUGCAGAAAGGUUUCAAGUCAGGUACGCGGAUUUUACAGAAAACGAACUCUACCACGACGUGGCAAUUCACGCUUUGACCAAAGACAUACAAAUUUUAACUCCAAGCAUCUUUUUUAAAUCCAUAGAUCAUGAGUCUCUUGAUCUUCCAUCAUGGGUACCUGACUGGAGAAAACGCCGACAAACGAAUGAACUUGGGACUUAUAAUGCCAGCGGAUCAUUCAAGUUCAAAUUGAAUAAAGUGUAUGUUAAAAUCAACGAUGAAUCUAGGAAUGAGCUUCGAAUACACGGGACCUCAUUUGACUCUCUUGCUAAAACCAGCAUAACGAUCAAACAUCCCGAUGUCAGUUAUCUCGAUCCACACACCAACAACAAUAUGCUCUUGGAACUCUGGACUUUCGUCUCAAAAUCGAAACGUUAUCCGACUUCUCAUACAGUCUUUCAUGCAUUUUGGCAAACCCUCGUAGGAAGUAAAACAGAAUCCGGAAAACUCCCAUGCCCAGAUUCCUUCGCUGAAAUUAUAAGUCUCCUCCUCGAUGCAUCUACCGGUCAGACUCCAUCGCUGGAGGGCCAAACGUAUUCACCGCGACAGCAAAAGCCCCUCGGAAAAGGCAGGCUUGAAUUAGCUAAUCUCGCGCGAAGACUACCAGGGCAAAUAUUUCAGGAGUUGCGCGAGGCCAUGAAAUUCGUGCUCAAGAAUCGUAGAUGGGGGAUCACGAGAAAGGGGUAUUUUGGCUUAUUCCCUCGAUAUGCGGAAGAAGGUGAUGUAGUAUAUGUGAUGGAGGGUUGUGAUGUCCCGUAUUUGCUAAGAGAGGUUGAUGAGAAGAAUAGGUUUAGGUUGGUGGGUGAAUGCUAUGUUUUUGGGAUAAUGGAUGGGGAGGCUGUUGGGGGAGAGGGAUUCGCUUUUGAGGAAAUUGUUUUGGUUUAG